AUGGUGCCCGGAGCUCCUACCACCAUGCUCCCCGCCACCGAGGCUGCCAAGAUAUACCAAACCAACUAUGUCCGGAAUUCCCGUGCCAUCGGCGUGCUGUGGGCAAUCUUCACCAUCCUCUUCGCCAUCGUCAACGUGGUGUGCUUCAUUCAGCCCUACUGGAUCGGAGACGGCGUGGACACGCCGCAGGCAGGCUACUUCGGUCUCUUCCACUACUGCAUCGGGAACGGGCUGUCCCGGGAUCUGACGUGUCAGGGGAGCUUCACCGAGUUCAGCACCAUCCCCUCGGGAGCCUUCAAGGCCGCGUUCUUCUUCAUCGGGGCGUCCAUGGUGCUGGUGCUCACCUGCAUCGGCUGCUUCACCCUCUUCUUCUUCUGCAGCACCGGCACGGUGUACAAGAUCUGCGGCUGGAUGCAGCUGGCUGCAGGUACGUGUCUGGUGCUGGGCUGUAUGAUCUACCCUGACGGCUGGGACAGCGACGAGGUGAAGAGGAUGUGCGGGGAGCAGACGGACAAGUACAUGCUGGGUGCGUGCUCAGUGCGUUGGGCCUACAUCCUGGCCAUCAUGGGCAUCAUGGACGCCCUCAUCCUCUCCUUCCUGGCCUUCGUCCUGGGCAACCGCCAGGACAGCCUGAUGGCCGAGGACCUCCUCGGAGACAAAGAGUUGUGA